AUGAAGGCCAUGCAGGUGAUUUCUCUGACUCUGCUGCUUGCUGUUGCAGCCAGUGCUCAGGUCUUUAAGCUCGGCAAAUGUCCCAAGGUGGCUGUUCAGGCCAACUUCGAUGCUACCAGGUACAUUGGUAAGUGGUAUGAGAUCAUGAAGCUGCCUACAACCUUCCAGAAAGGUGAGUGCGGCACUGCCACCUACAGCCUGAAGAGUCCAGGAGUCCUCGGUGUCUUUAACAGGGAGCUGCUGAAAGAUGGAACCAUUAAUUCUAUCGUCGGCCAGGCCAAAGUUAAGGAUCCUGCUGAGCCUGCCAAGCUGGAGGUCUCCUUCUUUAACACCCCUCCUGGUCCCUACUGGGUCCUUUCCACCGACUACGAGGGACACUCUCUGGUCUACGGCUGUACCGACUUCGGCCUGUUCCACAUGGAGCUGUCCUGGAUCCUGAGCAGGGAGCCCACUCUGUCUAAGGACACCAUCGAGGAGCUGCACAGCAUCCUGUCCUCUGCAGAAGUCAACGUGCAGAAGAUGGUCCCCACCAACCACGAUGAGACCUACUGCAGGCCCAUGAACCAGUAA